AACAAUUCACUGGUGCCGCUGUUUCUGUUAAGGGUUUACAAGUUUCCCCCCUCUAUCUAUCUCUGUUUUCUCACACUAGUACCAAAAGAAAAGAACAACACUAAGGUUUUAGGGUUGUUGUUAUUAUCAAUAAUAAUGGAUAGGUACCAAAAAGUAGAGAAACCGAAACCUGAAUUACCAAUUAACGAGAAUGAGAUCCGUAUCACUUCACAAGGACUUGUUCGUAACUACAUCAGCUAUGCCACUAAUCUUCUCCAGGAGAGGAGUGGGAAAGAGAUCGUUUUGAAAGCAAUGGGUCAGGCAAUAAGCAAGACUGUAGCUAUUGCAGAGAUCAUUAAGAGAAGAAUUCCUCGUCUGCAUCAAGACACUGCUAUCAGCUCAAUAAGCAUCACAGAUGUAUGGGAACCUCUUGAAGAGGGCCUUUUGCCUGUGGAGCAAACUCGGCAUGUCUCGAUGAUUUCAAUCACCUUGUCAACAACGGAACUGAACAAGAACUCUCCAGGGUAUCAAACACCUUCUGAGAUUCAGCAGCAGACAAAUUACUACAACAACAACAAUAACAACUAUGCCCCGCGUUACAAUUACCAGCCUCGACAGCAGCAGCAACCACCUAGACAAGCACAAGCAGUCUACAAUGCUGGUAAUGAAGAUUCAUAUGGCCGAGGACGAGGCCGUGGUAGAGGGAGGGGACGUGGUUGGAGCAGAGGUGGAUAUGCAAAUUACCAAGAUGGAUAUAAUAAUUAUCAAGAAAAUGGUGGGUACUCAAACUAUGGACGAGGUGGAGGCCGUGGUGGUGGCUGGGGAUAUCGUGGCUCUGGAUAUGGAAGAGGCGGGGGUGGAGGUGGCAGAGGUUAUGGUUAUGGUCGUGGCCGUGGACGGAUGGGCAACCGUCCAAGGGGUGGUAGCAACAACAACCAGGCAUAGUUGUCUCUAGUUUGCUAUACCUAAAAACGCUUGUCUUGGCAUAAUCGUUCUUUCUGUCCAGUGUCUUUCUAAAAAAAGCAUGAAAUUGUGGCUUGUUGCAUCAAUGGGUAGUCAUGCAGUGAUUGUCUUGUUUUUCAGCAUCAUGGUAUGUGGCCUAGGCAUAAUAUAUAAGCCAAGUUCAAGUAGUCAAUUUCUGUCAACUAUCCCGUUCAGUUCACUGGGUGCAGAUGUUUUUGCUGUAUUUAUUCAGUUAGAACAUAUUCUUUUGUUUA